AUGCUACUACAGGGUUUUGAAAGAACCAGCUGCAAAGCGGUGUUGUUGUAUAGUCACCUCCCUGAUCUCUGUUUACUUUGGGUUGAUGCCCACAUAGACAUCAACACCCCCAUGAUAUUUCUAAGUAACCACGUGCAUUGUCAGCCCUUGGCCUUCCUCAUAAAGGAACUCUUCCUUGUGAAAUCUCUUCGAACGAAAUGCUAUUCUGUGUCUGAAAUAGAUAAACUUGGGAUUGGAAAAGUGAUGGAAGAAACACUUGCAUAUUUAUUGCCCAAGAAAAAAAGACUGAUUUAUUUACAUUUUGAAAUUGAUGAUUUGGCUCCUUCUCUGGCAUCAGUUCCACACACCCCAGUCCCUGGAGGAAUGACUUUUAGAGAGGGCAUCUAUGUCACAGAAGAACUUUAUAAAACUGGUAGAAUAACCCACUUUUAAAAAUGUGAUAUGCACAACAUUAAAAUAAAAAGCACUAGAAGCCUUAACGGGGAGGGAUUUCUAGAU